AUGGCAUCGUCCGUGCAACGUUACGCAAUCGAGAAAUCCGCGCAAGGACGCGGCCGCGGCGGUUUCGACAUCCGGCCCGUUGAUGCCAUAAUCUCAUCGUUUCGUGCGACGCUCGGAGAAGUGAGCGUCUCGCCUUGGGGCGCCCGCAAGCGCGGUCGCCUCUCUAUUCUUAGGCAUCGAAAUGGCGCUAAAUGCGUCCGAGAGCCGGACAACGAAAACGAGUUAUUUUGCGCCGCUGACUCAAAACUCCGCUCCGCGCGUAACGCCAGAUCGCUAAACUGGUCACCCAGCCGCGUCGGAUUCGCGCGCAGUUUCGAAAACCUUCGCCACGAACAAUGUAUCAUUCAGAUCGGCGCCCGAGCGCCCGUUCUCACUAAUGCCAAGUAUUUAGUCAGUUCUGUGCACACGAUUCGUGAAGCUAUUCCAAGCGUGUUACGGACCGACCGAUUAGCGUGUUACGGCCAGCGGCAAAGGCCGCGUUGCGUUGUGCAGAAGCGAUUGAAUCCGAAGCGGUACACGGCCGACGGGAGGCACUUUCACGCUCGCCGCUCAGAGCCCGCCGGAGGCGAGGCGCGCUCGCGAUUGCAGGGAAAUCACAUCGUUUACGUAACGCAACAGCCCGCUUCGUUUGAAAAGCUCCAACCGCCAGCCAUAACU